GCAUUAGUGUAUUGUGGUGGCUACCCUCCGGUGGGCAAUGGACCAAGAGGCUUUGGCUGGCAGGAGCAAUGCGUCGACCACCCUCCAAGGCGACAAUGGAGGUUCCUCGGAGUCAGGAGAAACCAUUCAUGGUCGCACGGGCAACGAUUCAGAGGAGCAAGGGUCCCAGCCGGGGACACCGCAGUCGCUAGCAGAUAAAAAGAAGGGCGGCUGGCCAAAAGGUAGAAAACGCAAAGCGCCCGAAUCUGCGAGAGAUUCUAACGCGCCGAGAGCUCCUCUGAAUGGCUACGUGCGAUUUCUCCAAGACAACAGAGAGAAGGUUCGCAACGAGUACCCGGAUAUACCGUAUUCCGAAGUCACCCGGAUAUUGGGCACGCGGUGGAGUCAAUUAGCGGUCGAACAGAAGCAGAAGUAUUUGGACGACGCUCAGAGAGACAAAGAGAGAUAUCUUAAAGAGUUAAGUGAGUAUCAACAGACAGACGCAUACAAGAGUUUUGUGAAGAGAAACAAAGAGCAGGAAGGCUCAGUAUUAGGUACGAUUCGUACUCGUGGUCAGUCGGCUAUUGAUUCAUCUAGUAAGGCUAGUGGAAAGCCACAGUCGACGUCCAUACAACAGCAAGUGAUGCAGGAAUUGGAGAUGAAUGAGGACGAGAUUCCUGGCUGCAGUGUCCCCAUAUUCACAGAAGAGUUUCUUGAGCAUAACAAAACAAAGGAGUCCGAGCUACGUGAGCUACGGAAAUCAAACACAGAACUCGAAGAACAAAACUCCAUCCUCAAAAAACACAUCAGCAACAUGAAAGCAGCCAUUGACCGUCUCGAGAAAGAAACAACAGAACAACAAUCACACAACACAGCACUAGAGCAGCAACUAACAUCACUACGUCAAGUCCUCGUGUCGGCAUUUGCAAAAGUCCAACUUCCUCAAUCACGAAAGACCCCAAACAUGGAGACAAUAGACAGCUACAUGAGUGACAUGCACAACACACUGGUUGAGAAACCAGACGAGAACGAUGGACUAUUACGACUUGUUAGAGACACAGUCAGUAAGAUAGAUUACCACAAGUAA